GUAUCGCAGCCAUCAGUCGCUCAGACCUCACUGCAAUAUCAAUAUCUUUAGCUUCUUCUAAUCAAGAAAAAUCAAGAAACUAUCACAAUGAACUUCUACAACAUCUUCGUUUUCGUCGCUCUCAUUCUGGCCAUCACCAUUGGACAAUCAGAAGCUGGCUGGCUGAAGAAAAUUGGCAAGAAAAUCGAACGCGUUGGUCAGCACACUCGGGAUGCCACAAUCCAGGGACUGGGAGUCGCUCAACAGGCCGCCAAUGUCGCCGCCACUGCCCGAGGUUGACCACAACAAAUAUAAAUAAUUAUUUAUUUAAAGAUAUAUUUAUUCGGUUGCUCCAUGUAAAUAAAUCCACUUUAAAAAUUUAAAAAA